UUUAAGACAGUGAGGGUCCUCUUUUGCGUGACUGUCAAAUCUCAUUCUUCUCUUUCCUCUCAUCUCUCUCUUCGAGAGAAAGAGAAAGAAAAUCUGAGUUUCCGAGAAAAUAAAAUCUAAGAGUUAUAUAAAAGACAAAGCAGAAACUUUUGUCGAAGAGAUUCCGAUCGGUGUUCUUUGUCUCUCUUCUCUGUUUCUGUCUUUCUCUAUAUCAUAUAAGACUGUUGUUUUGCAGAAAAUAAUGGAGAGAGACACAACUUCUAGGAUGAUGGGAAAUGGAGUUCAAAUGGAUGGGAAGAUUCUUCAAACGUUUGAGAAAAGUUUUGUUCAAGUGCAAAACAUAUUGGACCACAACAGAUUGCUUAUAAACGAGAUAAACCAAAACCAUGAGUCCAAAAUCCCGGACAACCUCGGACGAAACGUUGGUUUGAUCCGAGAAUUGAACAAUAAUGUGAGAAGGGUUGCUCAUCUUUAUGUCGAUCUUUCCAACAACUUUUCAAAAUCCAUGGAAGCUUCUUCUGAAGGAGACUCAGCAGGAGGAGGAGGUCACAUGAGAAUCAGGCCUGCUUAAAAUGAAUGAAUUUAAGUUUACUAAAGAUUCGGGGUUGUUUCUGCAAAAUUAGUUUUUAAGGUGGGCUAAAUUAAAAGAAAGUUUAUUUUUUUGUGCACCUAAAAGAAAGUUAAAGUUCGUGGUAAUAGAGGCAGAUUUCUAUUAUUCUGUACUAUCUGGUUUUACUUUGUUGUCAAAUGUCAACAGUUUAUUCCUUAUCAGUUGUCUCCA